AUGAGCAGACAUUCGAAGAAUAAUUCUCACAUCUGGGAUCAUAUGAUGUACCAACCAACCAUCCGUCGUAACCCAUACUAUUUGAACACCUGUCACGACACCACGGGCUCUUCUAUAAGUCUUGUUGAGUAUUCACGUCAAGAGAUUACGGUAGUCUCGCCACGUAUAAAGUGUCCGGUCAAGCCGCGACGCAUCGAGAAGCCACGCGACGCGUACGUCACAAAUCGGGAGCGUGAACAGGCGGAACCACCGAAACAGCUGGCUGCGUGGAAGUUCUCACCGGUUCGAAAAGUUAUGGUAUGUUGGCACGGAAAGUGCGUCAAGGCACGGGAAACGCGCCAAGGCACCAGAAAUGCGCCAACAUCGUUUUACUUACAGUACAACCCUCACGACGUCUCCAACGCUUUUGAAGCUUAUCAGCACCGUUUGCUGGUCAAAAAGUGGGCGGAGCCAAAACGGACCCAUACUCAUCACGCUCAUACCCAUCACCGUACUACUCACAAAAAACAAGUAACCAUUAACGAGACGGCAACGGAGAUCAUCGAGGAUAAAUGCCCAAAAUACCAGAAGUUCAGUCUUACUAACCAACGAAACGAUGAGGUCCAAAUCGACAAGUAUACGAGUGCAAAAGUGGUUUCUGAAGUUUCUGAAGACGUGGAAAAGCACGAUGACGUCGUCAGAAUUCAGAAGCCACGAAAACCCGGAUUCUAUGGAACGAUUGAGGCGGAGCUAUCGGCGGAGCAGGCGGCCACCCACCUAUCGUAUGCAUGUGAGAAUCUGGAACGUCUUCAGUUUGUCACCGACGCCGUCUACCCGCAGGCUUCUGAUCAUUUGAAAAAUCUGCGGGAAAUCGAAGAUGACGUGAAAGAUUUUGGCUGUCAGAUGAGAAGACGUCGCGUGAAAGUGCCCACGUCGGCAGGCACCGCCACACAAGUCGCCCACUUUAUCAUUAAUGAUAAUUAA